AUGGAUCAAAAUGCAAGAGAUAUAGAAUUAAGAGAACAAGAUCGAUGGUUACCUAUAGCAAAUGUAGCAAGAUUAAUGAAAAAUACAUUACCAUCAACUGCAAAAGUUUCAAAAGAUGCUAAAGAGUGUAUGCAAGAAUGUGUUUCUGAAUUUAUAUCAUUUAUAACAAGUGAAGCAAGUGAUAGAUGUCUUAGGGAAAAACGUAAAACUAUAAAUGGUGAAGAUAUUUUAUAUCUGAUGUAUGACUUGGGGUUUGAAAAUUAUGCUGAAGUAUUAAAAAUUUAUUUAGCUAAAUAUAGAGAACAACAAAGUAUAAGACAAGAAAGAGGUGAGAUUAAAUUAACUAAGAAGCAAUUAAAAUUACAAGCGGCUGCUGCUGCUGAAGCUGCUGAAGCCGAAGCCCAGGCUCUAGCUCAAGCUCAAACUGAUGGUCAAAGUCAAGUUGAAGAAGAAGAAACAAAUGGAGAGACAAAUGGUCAUGAAAAUUCAAUAAUAAAGAAUGAAGAAGAAAUGGAAGUACAAGAAAAUGGAAAUAUAAUAGAUGGAAAUGAAUCAGUAUUAGAAAUCAACGGUGAUAAUGAUACUGGUCAUCUUAAUAAUAACAACAUUGACGACAAUAAUAAUAAUGAUGAUCAUAUUGAGGAUAUAAAUACAUUGGAUCCAAUUGAAUCAUUUGAUGAAGAACUAGAAAAAUUAAACUCAAUUGAUAACUCCCUAGAUCCACAACAAUCAAUAACUAUAAAAGAAGAAGAAGAAAUAAUAUAG